AUGCCGGUCGUAGUUAUUUUUUCCGUCGCUGCUGAUGUUGCUGUUAUUGUUGUUUGUGGCAAUGUCGAUGUUGCUAGUGGUGGUAUUGUUGUCGAUGGUGAUGAUGGUGUUGCGGUGAAAACUCAGGCAACUCCUCUUGAUGAGUAUGUGAAUACUCCUGAUCCAGUAUUUAGUUGGAAACGUAUUCAAACUUAUCCACAAUCACUGUAUACGUUUUAUGUAUUAAAUAUGACGUCUCAACAAUGGUUCGACGAUUCGUUUUCUACACAACCAAUAUGGUGGCAUUAUGUAACCAUUACAGUUCCAAAAGCAAUUCGUCGUUCAAAAACAGCUUUCCUAAUGAUUGAUGGAGGAUCAAAUAAUGAUUCACCACCUACUGGUGAUAUUACAACGGAACUUGCUGUUAUUUCAGGUAGUAUCACAGCUAGUGUUCGACAGAUUCCUAAUCAAAAUAUUCGAUUUUUGAGUGAUCCAACAAAUUCUUUUCGAAAUGAAGAUUCGCUAAUUGCUUGGACAUGGAAGAAGUUCAUGGAUACAAAUGGAAGUGACCCUAGAGUUCUAUUACGUUUUCCGAUGACCAAGGCAGUUGUACGAGCAAUGGAUACUGUUCAACAAUUCUUAGAACAAGAGCGUCUUCUUGUACCACAAGAAUUUGUUAUUGGUGGUGCUUCAAAACGUGGAUGGACAGCAUGGACAGCUGCCGCAGUUGAUAAUAAACGAGUUGUUGCUGCAAUACCUAUUGUAAUGGAUUUAUUAAAUCUUCGACCAAACAUGAUGUCACAUUAUCGAUCCCUUGGUGGAUGGACAUUUGCUUUCAAUGACUAUUAUGCUAUGAAUAUUACUCGUUAUAUGAAUAAUCCUAAUUUUGAUAAAUUAGCACAAAUGAUUGACCCAUAUUCUUAUUUUGAUCGAUACACCAAAACAAAAAUCUUUCAAUUACAAGGUGCUGGUGAUGAGUUUUUUCUACCUGAUUGUGAAGAUUUCUUCUGGAAUGAUUUACAAAAAGCUACUGGUGGAUCUUAUUUAAGACGAGUGCCUAAUACCGGUCACAAUAUCGCAGGUUAUGAAGAUAGUUUGAUAAGUUUCUAUUUAACUAUCGCUGAUAAAGAAAUUUUACCAUCAAUGAAAUGGACGCGAACUGUAAAUGGAACACAUGGCAUUAUUCGUGCUGUCAUUGAUUUUGGUGCUGGACAACCAAAACCUACCGCUGUUACUGCUUAUCAAGCUCGUACAGGCGAUACAUUGAAACGUGAUUUUCGACAAGCAAAACUUAGCCAAUCAGGAAAUGUUGUAGGUACUGGUGUGGUAUGGGCGAACGCGGCUGUCCAAAUAGAGACUCAGACUGGUACAACUGCUACUGUCGCGGUUGCUGUACCUAUUCCAACGAAUGGUUAUUGGAUUGCUACAUUUAUUCAAGCUACAUUUCCUGGACGUGAUGCUACAACACUUAGUUUAACAACAGAAUCACUCAUUCUACCAAAUACUUAUCCAGUUUCAGAAUGUAAUGAUCAUGAGUGUUAUGGAAAGCUAGUUUAA